CAGCAACAUUCUUCUUUAACCAGUCCUCUCUGAGGGCGGCAUUAACUACAUUUCUGAGUUUUAUCGUUAGAGUUUUUAUUUGGUAGAUUUUCAGAUGAGUAGCUGAAUUUUCUUUUCUAGUCUGACUCUCGUAUGCAGUUAGGAAGUGUUCGCGUCGCGGUCAGUUCGACUUCAGCUGGUCGGUAAGGUAGAGCUUGUUAGCUAGCUUUCAUUAGCCAGCAGCUCCCAGUAGAUUUACGGCUUAUAUCCGCGGCUGUCCUGCCAGGUAGAUCAACUAAAGCUGGCGGCGCUGGUCAGCCACAAUGGUUUGGUCAGUUGCACAGUUUCUCAGUAUUGACAUUGAUAAAUAAUUCAUCUGUUUCGGGGACAAUUCAACGCAACCUUUGUUUGGCUCGAGCGCAGCCUGACAGGUUUGGCCUGUUUCAUUGUCUGAGAGCAGAGAAAACGCAGAAGUUGUUUUUCGGUGUGGAUUGUUUGGCUAGUUGGGCUAACCUUGCCUUGUAAACAAACCCGUCAGCUGUCGACUCCAGAUAAUCUUGAAAGCUACCUAGACCAGUAUGGCGCAACACGACCCCUCUCAUGUAGCCAGUUCACAGAAAGCACUCAUGUUGGAAAUGAAGAGCCUUCAGGAGGAGCCUGUCGAGGGAUUCAAAAUAACACUGGUGGACGAGGCUGAUUUAUACAACUGGGAAGUGGCCAUCUUCGGACCCCCAAACACUCAUUAUGAAGGGGGGUAUUUUAAGGCCCGGAUCAAGUUUCCUAUAGACUACCCAUACUCCCCUCCUGCUUUCCGCUUCCUCACCAAGAUGUGGCAUCCCAACAUCUAUGAGAAUGGAGAUGUGUGUAUUUCUAUACUGCACCCUCCUGUGGACGACCCGCAGAGCGGAGAGCUGCCUUCAGAGAGAUGGAACCCCACCCAGAACGUCCGGACCAUCCUGCUGAGUGUGAUCUCGCUGCUGAACGAACCCAACACCUUUUCUCCUGCCAACGUGGACGCCUCCGUCAUGUACCGCAAAUGGAGGGACAGCAAAGGCAAAGACCGGGAAUACGUAGAGAUCAUCAGGAAACAGGUGUUGGCCACCAAGGCAGAGGCUGAGCGCGACGGCGUGAAGGUUCCCACCACGCUGGCCGAGUACUGCGUCCGCACACGUGCCCCGGCCCCCGACGAAGGCUCCGACCUCUUCUAUGACUACUACUAUGACGACGACGACGUGGAGGGCGGGGACGGCGACUGCUGCUACGACGAAGACGACUCGGGCAACGAGGAGUCGUGACGUGCUUUUCGACCCAACGCCCAGUCCAGCUGACGUACGCUACCCCCUUUUUUCUGCCCGGGUUGCCAGAUAUUCUAGGUGUACAACCGAGGAAGAUUCGAAGCUUCCCUCCUCUAAACCAAUAAAAAGAGCUUUUUUUCUGAAGCCUCUGAACUCGUCUCAGAGGUUGAAACUGAUGCCUCGUUGUCGGAAGGGUCAGACCUGGUAAGAUUUGCACCAGCACAAAAGUCACCAGUUUCUUCAAUUUUGCAAACCGUUCUCAUCAUCACCUCAAACCUUACUUUGAGAGAAUAACUUACAUUAUUCUGCAGAGUUGUUCAGUGUCGUGUAUAGCAUAAGAUGUAGUGGGGUAAGCACCACUGUCAACAAUAGCAACAUUUGCACUGGUGCAAACACUUCCAAACAUUUCUCAGCCUCUCUCUCUCUUGCAUAUCUUUAGUUCCCUAAUUGUAACAGGGUGUUUGCUCACCAGUAUUUGCUCUCAGCGACAGACAGAAGAUUUUUGGACUUCAAGAAGCCUGUUUGUGUUGAACAGCACAACUGCAAAUAUCCGAUAUUUCCAAGUUUCACAGUCUGUCUUCGCUUCGAUAGGACAGGACAUGAAAUUGUCACGUGACAGUGUUUUCAAAGUUCUUGUGCAUGCCAGAACAUCUUUGGAAGCUUUUUGUCUCUUUUACUGGUGGACUGUUUACCUACAUCAUGAUCUGUUUUCGGCUCUGUGAUAACACGGACUUGUGACGACGGAGGACUCUCUAUGUGGAGGACCGGCUGGCUGAGUCAGCAGGUCAAACCCUCAUGU